AUGUCCGCGCCGCCUGCCGCGCCCGCCCCGGGGCCCGGCGCCGAGGCCCUGCCGCUCGGCCCCGACGGCCAGCCCAUGACCAAGUCGGCCGCAAAGCGCGCCGCAAAGGAGGCCGAGCGUGCGGCGCAGAAGGCGGCCAAGCAGAACAUGAAGGAGCAGAAGGAGAGCGCCGCCGCCGACAAGCCGGCCGAGCCGAAGCGCGCAAAGGCCAAGAAGGAGAAGAAGCCCGAGAUCGAGUGGGUGAACAACACCAAGCCGGGCGAGAAGAAGGACCUCUCGGGUCCGAUGGAGAACGGCUACAACCCGGACCACGUCGAGCAGUCGUGGUACGAGUGGUGGGAGGCGUCGGGCUUCUACACGCCCAAGGAGCCCACCGAUGCCGACCCGUACGACCUGGACCGCACCUUCGUCAUCCCGGCGCCGCCGCCGAACGUGACGGGCGCGCUGCACAUCGGGCACGCGCUCACCAUCUCGAUCCAGGACACGCUCGUGCGCUGGUACCGCAUGCGUGGCUGGCGUGUGCUCUUCAACCCGGGCUACGACCACGCCUCGAUCAGCACGCAGGCCGUCGUGGAGAAGCGCCUGAUGAAGCUCGAGGGCAAGACGCGCCACCAGUACGGCCGUGAAGAGUUCCUGCGCCGCGUGUACGACUGGUCGCAGGAGUACAAGAAGCGCAUCGGCGGCCAGACGCGGCGUCUCGGCGCCUCGUACGACUUUACGCGCGAGGCCUACACCAUGGACGCCACGCGCUCGCGCGCCGUCAACGAGGCCUUCUGCCGCCUGCACGAGCAAGGUGUCAUCUACCGUGCCUCGCGCCUCGUCAACUGGUGCUGCCGCCUCAACACGACGCUCUCGACGCUCGAGGUCGAGCAGAAGACGCUGCCCGGCCGCACGCUUCUCCAGGUGCCCGGCUACGACGAGAAGGAGCGCGUCGAGUUCGGCGUCAUUGUCAGCUUUGCGUACCCCGUCUCGGGCUCGGAGAGCGACGAGCGCCUCAUCGUCGCGACGACGCGUGUCGAGACGAUGCUGGGCGACUCGGCCGUCGCCGUGCACCCCAAGGACCCGCGCUACACGCACCUGCACGGCAAGACGCUCGACCACCCCUUCCUGCCCGGGCGCAAGAUCCCCAUCGUCACCGACAGCAUCGCCGUCGACAUGGAGUUCGGCACGGGUGCCGUCAAGAUCACGCCGGCGCACGACCCCAACGACUACGAGGUCGGCAAGCGCCACUCGCUCGAGUUCAUCAACAUCCUCAACGACGACGGCACGCUCAACGAGAACGCGGGCGAGUUCAAGGGCAUGAAGCGCUUCCACGCGCGCCGCGCCGUCAUCGAGGCGCUCAAGGCCAAGGGCCUGUACGUCGAGACGAAGGACAACCCGAUGACGGUGCCCGUGUGCUCGCGCUCGGGCGACAUCGUCGAGCCGCUCAUCAAGCCGCAGUGGUGGGUGAGCUGCAAGCCGCUGGCGGACGCGGCCGUCGAGGCCGUCAACAGCCAGAACAUGGUCAUUGUGCCCGACUCGAGCCGCCGCGAGUUCUUCCGCUGGAUGGACAUCAUCCAGGACUGGUGCAUCUCGCGCCAGCUGUGGUGGGGCCACCGCUGCCCGGCCUACUUUGUCAACAUCGAGGGCAAGGAGCAGGACGAGAACGACGCGACGCAGUGGGUCGUCGGGCGCACCGAGGAGGAGGCGCACGAGCGUGCCGCCAAGCUGGCCGGCGGCGCCAAGUACACGCUGCGGCAGGACGAGGACGUGCUCGACACGUGGUUCUCGUCGGGCCUGUGGCCCUUCAGCAUCAUGGGCUGGCCAGAGCAGACGCCCGACCUCAAGCACUUCUACCCCAACGCCAUGCUCGAGACGGGCUGGGACAUUCUCUUCUUCUGGGUCGCGCGCAUGGUCAUGCUCGGCGUGCACUUCACGGGCAAGAUCCCCUUCAAGGAGGUCUUCUGCCACGCCAUGGUGCGCGACGCCCACGGCCGCAAGAUGAGCAAGUCGCUCGGCAACGUCAUCGACCCGCUCGACGUCAUCUCGGGCGCCACGCUCGAGGCGCUGCACGAGCAGCUGCGGCAGGGCAACCUCGAGGAGAAGGAGGUCAUCAAGGCCACGCAGGGCCAGAAGAAGGACUUUCCCAAGGGCAUCCCGCAGUGCGGCACCGACGCGCUGCGCUUCGCCCUCUGCAACUUCACCGCCGCGGGCCGCGACAUCAACCUCGAGAUCCAGCGCGUCGAGGGCUACCGCAAGUUCUGCAACAAGCUCUGGAACGCCACCAAGUUCGCGCUGAUGAAGCUCGAGGGCGACUUUGCGCCGGCCGACGAGGAGCACGUCUCGGGCAAGGAGUGCGCCGCCGAGCGCUGGAUCCUGUUCCGCCUCAACGAGGCCGUGCGCACCGUCAACGAGGCGCUCGAGGCGCGCAACUUCAUGGCCGCCACGACUGCCGCGUACAACUUCUGGCUGUACGAGCUGUGCGACGUGUACAUCGAGGCCAUCAAGCCCAUCGCCGACCCGGUGGCGGAGGACCAGGCGGCGCGGCGCUCGGCGCAGGAGACGCUCUACACGUGUCUCGAGGCCGGCAUGCGUCUGCUGCACCCCUUCAUGCCCUACGUCACCGAGGAGCUCUGGCAGCGCCUGCCGCGGCGCAAGAGCCACACGGCGCCGUCCAUCUCCAUCGCGCCCUUCCCCGAGGUGCUUGACGCGCGGAAUCAGGCCUCGGCCGCGCACGACUUCGACAACGUCAUGGCUGCCGUGCGCUCCGUGCGCGCUCUUGCCUCGGACUACGGCCUGGCCACCGGCAUCCAGGCCUACCUCGAGACGUCGGACGCGCAGACCGCCGAGCUGCUGCGCUCGCAGCAGCUCAUCAUCGUGACGCUCAUCAAGGGCUGCACGUCGGUCGAGGUCGUCUCUGCGUCGGAGGUGCCGCAGGGCUGCGCCGUCGCGUCGCUGCCGUCGGCACGGACAAACGCGCACGUGCUCGUCAAGGGCAAGGUCGACAUUGACUCUGAGCUGAGCAAGCUCAUGGCCAAGGUCGAGCUCAACGGCGCCGCGCUGGCCAAGAUCGAGACGCAGCGCUCGAGCGCCGACUGGGAGAAGACGCCCGCCGAGGUGCAGCAGGCCGCACUGGAGCGCGAGCAGAACCUCGAGGCCGAGAAGCAGGCGCUCCUCGCCGCAAAGGCCACCUUCGAGUCGCUGCGCGGCUAG